UUCCCACAAUCCCACACGCUGGUGAUUUUCGGCGGGAAAAAAGUUGUUCUGCUGAGUUGGCUCGUCGUCAGACGUCAUACGGCAAGAUGCCGAAAAGGAAAAGUUCCAAGCCCACAAAGUCUCAAGAAGAAACAAAGGCAGAUGCCAUACUUAGCAAGAUAUCAGGCGACUUUCUCGAGUGUACAAUCUGCCUGGAGCCCUUUAAAGAUCCCAAAGUCCUGCCGUGUCUUCACACCUUCUGUGAGGGCUGUCUGAAGAAGUUUGUUGCACAAGAUAAAGUGAAGAACAAGUUUCAGUGUCCAACAUGUCGGGUUGACACUGUACUUCCCAAAGGUGGCGUUGCAAGUUUCAAGAACAACUUCUUUGUCCAGAGCUUGGGUGACACAGUUCAGGCUCACAAGAGUCUGGUUAGCAAAGAGGAUGGCAAAGUGCAGUGUGAUAACUGUGAAGAGGAAGGAGCUAGCCAUGGGUGUGUUGUCUGUGAAGAGUUCUUGUGUGACGAGUGCGCUUCUGUCCACCGCCGUGCCAAACGUACACGCAGUCAUGAAGUCGUCAGCGCGCCAAAGCUGAAAGAGCAGCUGAUCACUAAAACAGGAUCACUCAAGUCAAGUUCACUUCCAAUUUGUCCUAAACAUGAGGAUGAGAAGUUGAAGUUUUACUGUGAGACGUGCAAGCACCCCAUCUGUCGAGAUUGCACGGUACUGCAGCAUAAGAAUCACAAGUAUGGCUACCUAGCGGAUGCUGUGGGCGAAGCCAGGGCAGAAAUCAAGAAGAAACUGAAAGCUGCCAAGCAAAAAAUUUCAAAAUACCAAGACAAGGCAAGCACUGUAGCCAAGAAGCAAGAAGAACUGUACACAAGGAACAAGAAAGCUAAAGAGGACAUCAGCUCAGCUGCAAAGGAAGAAAUCAAGCAUUUCACUGGUCUUGUAAGAUGCAAUCAGACUGAGCUGAAUGAAAAGCUGGCCUCCCUCACUGCAGUCCAUUCCAAGCAGCUGUCUGCUACAGCAGACAGUAUUGAGAGCACCCUAGGCUGUCUGUCCAGCACUGUAGACUUCUCACAGAAGGUGGUGGAGCAUGGCAGUGACUUUGACAUCAUGAAUGCGUACUCUGAUGUCACUUCACGGCUGGACUCUCUGCUGGAAGGUCCGAUCCCAGACAUUCCUGACGACAUCAGUUAUGUCAUGUUUCAUCCAAAGACAGAAAGGAAAGAGAAAGGAGUCAUCCUAGGUAACAUUGUUGAUGAAGAAAUUCAGAAUGAUGAAAUGGAGGGAGAGUCGAGAGCCGAAGUGACCUUUCGUUUUACCGUGGACAACUUCAGCAAGCUCAAUGAGAAGGAGUUCAGUACUGUUUUCUUCAUCCGCAAUCUGCCCUGGAAACUAUGUGCUGAGCCGUACGAUGUCCCCAAUGGCCAGCCUCCCAACAACAAAAACCUCGCUGUCUUCCUACAUUGUGAGGCUGAUGCCCAAAGCUUGUGGUCGUGCCAUGCUUCAGCCGAGCUACGGUUGAUUUCUCAAAAGAAAGGUGUGAAGACGUUGAGUUUGAAGAUUGACCAGACUUUCUACAACAAUGGGAGCGGCUGGGGAAUAAGGGAAUUCAUGCCGUGGCAUGAGGUGUGUGAUCCACAGAAGGGGUACAUCAAGGAUGACAAGAUCAUACUGGAGGCCUACGUGAAGGCAGAUGCUCCUUGUGGUGAGAAGGAGAUCAUCGUUGACCACAUUGAUGGCGAAGAGAUGGAGGACGAGCCUCAAAGAGAAGCUACCAUUCGUUUCACGGUGGAAAACUUCAGCAAGAUCACUGAGAGGAAGUUCAGCCAUGCUGUUUUCAUCCAAAACCUCCCAUGGAAAAUACUGGCCAUGCCCUCUGUUGACUCCAAUGCCCAGCCACCCAACAACAAGAACCUUGCUGUCUACCUGCAUUGUGAUGCUGAGUCCAAAAGCUUGUGGUCCUGCCGUGUCUCAACUGAGCUGCGGUUGAUUCCACAGAAGAAAGGUGUGCAGACAUUGACAGACAACACGGACAAGAUUUCUGUUUUCUACAACAAGGAUAAGAGCUGGGGAUGUAGAAACUUCAUGCCUUGGCAUGAGGUGUGUGACCCACAGAAGGGAUACAUCAAGGAUGACAAGAUCAUACUGGAGGCCUAUGUGAAGGCAGAUGCUCCUCAUGGGAUGAAGGAAAUCACCCUUGGCAACAUUUUCUGUGACGAAAUGCAGAAGAUUGAGCCACAAGGUGAGGCAACCUUUCGUUUCACUGUGAAGAACUUCAGUGAGGUCAAAGAGGCACAGUACAGUAAUCCGGUCUUCAUCCGUAACCUGCCAUGGAGAAUAAUGGCCAGGCCAGACCACAACAGCAGCAGUGAUCCAACCCAUAACAAGAGCCUUGCUGUCUACCUACAAUGUGACGCUGACUCUACCAGCUUCUGGUCAUGUCGUGCAUCAUUCGAGCUUCGGUUGAUACCACAGAAGAUUGGCGUAAAGAUUCAUGGAAUGGCAUCAGAGAAUGUCUUCUACAAGAACGCUGAUAACUGGGGGUGGUUCCAGUUCAUGCCGUGGCACGAGGUGUGUGAUCCACAGAAGGGGUACAUCAAGGAUGACAAGAUCAUACUGGAGGCCUAUGUGAAGGCAGAUGCUCCUCGUAUCUUAGCCUGAAACCACAAAGAAAUGGCUUUUGACACAGGAUUGAUCAGUUAGAGAACAGGUGAGCAACACCUGCUUGUGGAUAUAAAAUCCUGCAGACAGUGCCAAGAGUUACAAACAACAGUUUUUGCCAACAGUG